AUGGCCAGUGCCCUUUUUCCGACCGAGGACCGUCGAAUCGAGCCUGCCCCGCGUCCGCGCCUCUGGUCUGUUGUGGUUGGUUCCGCUCAAGGUCGAAGACGCGCUACCUGCAGUAAUGGCUACGCACCUUCCCAAGCUGGCCUCGACAAGUUGGAACAUGCCAGUGCCACGCCCGGCCAUCACUCCUCGACGCGCUUGGUGACUGAUGAGGAUGGAUGGUCAACUGUCGUUAGGAAGAGGACAGGGCGCUCCAGCGGCUCUGCUCAGGCGGAUUCAUGGCGUCCAGCUGCCCCCGCCUUCCUCGAAUCCUUCAGAGGUAAAUGCAUUCGAUGUCUUGCAGGGGGACACCGAGCGGCAGACUGCAGGGAGCCGGUCCGCUGCUUGCGCUGCAGGCGAUUCGGGCAUAAAGCAAGAGAGUGCAGGGGCGGAGCUCCACAUCCUGCUCGCCAGGCCUCUGCAACCCAGAAUCAUCCGCCUGGGACCCGGCAGCCACUGCCUGACCCAGCAUCCUUCCCUCCCCUCCCGUGCCGCGAGAUGCCGGCGCUGGGAGACCCGUUGGCGCGCCCGACAGAGACCUCCGUUGUGGCGGCGGCAACGUCGGACAUGGACGAGGAGCUGGAGCGCCUCUCCUCCUGCGCCGUGGUCUUGUGGCUCUGCAGCGACGCGGUUGAUGUGGAGCCUGAGACGAUCGGCAAGGCGCUCCGGGUCCGCUUGGGCGUCCGCUCAGGAGACGUCAAGGUCACGCGCCACCGUCCCGAAGACUUCCCCGCCAUCUUCAAAUACCCUCACCACCGGGACGCUGCUGUCGACCUUGAGCGACUUCCUCUGGGCAGCAUCAACAUCCGCAUCCGGCCAUGGCGAGUGCUCCCCUACAGCGACCACUGCGACAUGCGCCACCACGUUCGACUCUGCCUGGAGGGGAUUCCAGUACAUGCCUGGAAUGAGAGCAUCGCCAAGCGGGUGGUGGCAAGAGCCUGCGACAUCGACUAUCUGGAGACGCAGUCCUUGCGCCGCGACGACACCACGGCCCCGUGCAUGUGGGCGUGGACGAACAACCCCUCUGAUAUCCCCAAGGAGACGAAGAUGCAAAAUUUGGAUCAAGGUGUUGUCAGACAUACUGUUGGGGCUAAGUUCGCCAACACUUUUGCUGUACUACCAGCCACUCAGACACGAGGCGACAUUCUUAUUGCGGUCAAUGAGGAUUACUUCCAGCUCUCCGACCAACAUUUAUCUACACAUGCAGUGACUGCAACAGUCACCAUGAGGGCAGAUGGAACCAAAUGGCAAAUUACGGUUGUCUAUGGCCUGCAGGGAGACGUCGAAAAAUUACAAUUUCUACAGGAGCUUGCAGCUAUUCGUUGCCCGACCCAUGGGAGAUGGCUCAUUCUAGAAGAUUUUAAUCUCAUCUACCAGGCAGAAGACAAAAAAAACUCCAGUCUAAACCUUCGCCUCAUGGCCUCCUUCAAAGCGGUCAUCGACGACCUGAACUUAAAAAAGAUAGGCCUCAACGGACGUCAUUUCACUUGGAGCAACGAGCAAGACAAUCCGACAUUAACAAGAAUCGAUAGAUUAUUUUGCACCCCUGAUUGGGAAUUAACCUUCCCGACAUGCUUUCUCCACUCCUUGCCUUCUCUCAUGUCCGAUCACACCCCGCUACUCCUGCAUGGAGAACUCGAGCACUGCCACAACCGGACCUUCCGCUUCGAAAAUUUUUGGGUCAAGAUGGAUGGUUUCAGGGACUUGGUGGAACAAGUCUGGAGUAAACCUGUGCACUCUUUGUUACCCAUCAAAUGGUUGCACACAAAAUUAGCGUGA